AUGGAGCAAGGGGGCUCUUUAGAGAUUUCAUUUGAAGAAGAUUCACAAUAUAUUAAAUGCCCAGCCUGCAAAUCGGAGUUCACUUCUAUUCUAAUUCCAUAUGUUCUUACAUGUGGACACACAUUUUGCAUCUCGUGCCUAAAGAGAGUAAAGCUUGCAACGUCACGCUAUUUAUGUUUAAUUUGCAACAAGCUGAGCGAAAAUAUAAUUGAAAAUCAUAUCUUACUUAAAAUCCUUGAAAAACCUGUCGCUCCAACCAAUUUCUGCCUUGGAAAAUCCCAUUUAUUUGGAGUUGUUGCAUAUUGUUCAGUUGAUGAUACUCUAAUCUGUCAAAGGUGCUUAAUAAAUCAUUUAACACAUGAUUUUAGCUCUAUUCAAAGCUCAAAAACUCGAGAAGCCAUAAACGCAAAAGCGCUCAAGCUUACAGAAAAUGAAAAUAAAGUAGCUGAGUUAAUUUCAAAAACCCAAACUUCUUUAUGUGACAUAGAAGAAAUUAACAAAAAAAAUGAGCAUUUAAAAGUGCAUUUAGAUAAUAUAAAUAAAGCAAAAGAACAUCUUAUUAUUGAAAUACAAAGAAAUACUGAGAUUUGUAUACAAGAAAUUGAAGGAUUAGGAAAAUUUAAAGAGCUUGAAUCAAUGGAGAAGACUUUGAAAAUCCUUUUAUCUGAUUUGCUAGAAAUGAAAUCUGAUAUAAAUAAGAAGAAAGACCAGUUUUUGUCUGAUAAUGAUAUAAAAAGGUUGGAAUGAAAAAAUAAUGAAAUUUCACUCAAUUUGCCUCAAUCACUUGUGGUUGAUCGAAAAAACUUUUCACCUUCGCCAUCAUUGAAAUCGUUGAACUAUAUUGAAUCAAUAUUUAGAGGACAUUUGAUUUUUAAAAAUAAAAAACAAAAGUUAUGGCAAGAGUAG